AUUUGACACUGACAGAAAGAAAUGUCGAGGCGGAAUCUGAGAUUGUAGUCAUUUUCAAUAUUUCUAAAACAAAAUUAUCUGAAGUGGGUUAUAUCCGUAGUGGCAGCGGUUUUGUGAUGAACGGUUUGUUUUCGGCAACAUGGUAGUUAAAACUGAAGAUAUACAGGAACAAACGAAAAGGUUACGAUUUAAACCUCUAACCAAUGUUCAACAUUCGUCUGGAGAUGUUGUGGACACUAAAUCCUCGAAAGAUAUAAAAAAUGGAGAUAAAUCUGCUUCUUUGUUUGCAUUUUUGCACAUUGAGCUUACGAGAGGCUACCUGCUGGAGCACGAUGAAGAAAGGUUCUCAGCUAGAAGGGAAAAGGUUUAUUCUUUCAUAAAAAUCCCACAAGAGUUGGAGAAAUUCAUGGCAUAUGGAUUCUUCCAAUGUGCAGACUCCCUGUUGUUUGUUUAUACAUUUUUACCAUUGAGGUUUAUUAUGGCUUUUUGGUCCUUCUUCACGCGGUUAUUUAGAAGAUGUUUUGGGAUUUAUUCACAUCCUCGGAAAAAUGUCCUAAAGCCGGCAGAGACUUGUGAUGUCUUGAAAGGGUUUAUAUUAUUAGUAUGCAGUAUACUAAUGUGUUACAUAGACACAAACAUGAUGUAUCAUUUAGUGAAGAGCCAGAGUGUUAUGAAGUUGUAUAUAUUCUACAAUAUGCUUGAAGUUGGGGAUCGGUUGUUCUCUGCCUUUGGUCAAGAUACUAUUGAUGCCUUGUUCUGGACUGCUACUGAGCCAAGAGACAGGAGAAGGGAGCAUUUGGGUGUCAUACCUCAUUUGCUAUUUGCCAUGACCUAUGUCUUUUUGCACAGUCUGCUGGUGUUGUUUCAAGCUACAACACUAAAUGUGGCAUUCAACUCAAACAACAAGAGUCUGCUCAUCAUAAUGAUGUCAAACAAUUUUGUGGAACUCAAAGGCAGUGUUUUCAAGAAGUUUGAUAAGAACAACCUUUUCCAAGUAUCAUGUAGUGAUGUGAGGGAACGGUUACAUCUGUCCGUUCUGCUUUUCAUAGUAGUUCUUCAGACUAUGAAGGAAUUUACGUGGAGGGAAGAGCGCUUCUGGAUCCUAGCACCAGAUUGUGUGCUGGUCCUUACAUUUGAGGUCAUCAUUGACUGGGUGAAACAUGCUUUCAUUACUAGAUUCAAUGAAAUCCCUUAUGGAGUAUACCGCGAGUACACGGUAAGCCUAGCAUAUGAUGUGGCGCAGACCAGGCAGAAGUACGCGUUCAGUGACCACUCGGACCUGGUCGCUAGGAGGAUGGGCUUCAUACCGCUGCCUCUGGGCGUCGUUAUCACUAGAGUGCUUGUGCAUGCUGUUAAAGUGGAUGGGUUUGCUGCAAUCUUCUUAAUAACCAUAGCUUACUUAUGCCUAAUAUCUAUAAGGGUGCUUGUAUCUAUUGUGAUACUUGGCAAAGCUUGUGACUUGAUAUCGCAACAUCAGAUGGAGAAAAAUGAGAGUCACCAUACUACUCCUAAAAAGGAGCAAAAAGACUUGGCCACGAAAGAAAUAUUUCAUGCGCACAAGACGCCAGAGAAAGAGGAAGUACCACCUAAGAAACCAGUGCAACUGAAGUUCCUAAUACCUGAGGACGCUGUCAUGAGUGAACCACUGGUGGACGCGUCAGUGGGCGCGGCGGCGAUAUUCUCCAACAGUGCGAUCGACUUGAACGGUGUGUGCUAUCUGAACGACAAGAUGAACACUCAAGUCAAGCAAGAGCCUCACGACUACCUUGAACCUGACUUGGUGGACGUGAGCCGCAGCGCACCAGACAUCAAGGCGGCGGCGGCGGCGGGCGACGCGGCGGCGCCGGCGGCGGCCGAGCGGCCGCACUCGCCCGACGCCGACGGCCUCAAGCGCCGCUCCGAGUCCGAGCCCAACCUCGCCAAGGUCGACGACCACUACGAAGAGGCCCCAUAACGAAUGUGCUGUGUGGUACUCAUUUUAUUUCAUACGGUCUAGUCGCGUGACUAACGGCGAGAGCAAAUUGGCGAUUCGGAACGUGUUACACGAUUCAUUAAUUCGUGCAGUUGAGGGUUGUUUUUUUUUAUUUUGAAGUAUCGAGAGAUGGGUAGUACCGGGUGAGAGUACUCAGUAGGUACUACAGAAGUUAUGUAUAAUAGCAAAUAGCUUUACAUCAAACUUUUUUAUUCGGUAUAAUGUUUCUUCGUAAUGUUGUUGCUGCGAUGUAUGAAUGCUAUCGAGCCUAUUCACACUUUUCACAUUAUCUUAUUCGUCUAUUUGGAUGACGAGUGAGGAUAAUGAAACAUGUUUUUAUACAGUUCAUUUAAAGCCAAAACUCUACUGUACAAUACAUAAUGCGGAUUGUUAACUAUUCCUACACUGUCUACAAACGGCUCAAAUUGCAGUGCCAACUCCUUCGAUAGCUCUGAACUUGAGUAUGUAACUGCCUUGUCAAUGAAUUUGUAACCACGCUCCGCGUUUCUGGUCACCACGUUUGCGGAUAAGGGCACGUAGUGCGUCGUUUAGUAUUACGAAAAUAUGCGGACAUUGGUUAUAAGAUGACCUCGCUUAAAUCUAAGACUGAUCACAUUUGGGUGCUUAGAACGAGACGGUUCGCAACUAGUAAAAAUGACAAAUCGAUUAUAUGUCUGUCGUUUAUUUGUGUUAUUUUUAAAUAGCUUGUUGUGAUUUUGUUUAUAGUCAAAUUAUUAGUAACCGUAUCAUUCCAAUGACGUUAAAAUUUGCUAUUUUAUUGAUACGUUACGGCUGAUCGUAUAAACCUACACUGUUACAUCGUUGUAUAUAGAUACAUUAGAAUUUAUAAGAGUUUUAUUCCGUUUGUGAAUUUUAUUUUUUAUUUAUUAGAUAAUAGAAUACAAAUAUAAUAAUACAACUUUGAAAUGUUAAAUUUAAGAAUAUAUAAGGUUUGAGAUGCGCGGUAAUAGUUUGAUAGUAGGUAUGUAGAUUCAGUUGUUGUUGUCAGUUUAAUGAGAAUGAGGUAAAAAGUAACUUUUAAUAUGAAAGGACAAAAUUACGAGUAGUUUACAUAAGUAAAGACUCAAGCUUCUUAUCUGUAAUAAAUUUAGGGUCUUCAAGUUAGUAUGCCGUAUAUGCAGAUAUGUCCUUUCUUCACAUGAUUAUCUUCUUCCUCCUUCAAAUAAGUUGAGGUUAAUCGUUGGUUUGUACAAUUAUCCACGUUUCAAUUCGUCUGUAUGACAACUUUAAAAUUUUACCUCCUGCCAUGUAUGAUUCUUUUUUAAAUUAAAAUAUCGUAUACCAAGGAGUGGUAAUUCAUCGAAUAACUGGCAAUAUUAUUUUGAUUUUGUAUAGCUACAACGUGUUUGAAAUUCCUCUAACUAGUUUAAUUCUCUAGUGUUUUUCAUGUAUUUUUCCUCUUGGAAUGUGAAAUUGUAUGGUCCAAACUUUUUGUUGGUGUGCUGAUUUUCUACGAAUUAAAUUAUUAUUUGUUUACUA